GUAAAACCAUGGUGUUUUUGUUAUUUAUGGUUUCCCCACAUUCACGGGGGUCCUGUGCCCCUAACCCCAGCCAAUGUGAAUUAGCCAUUUCUUCUUGUCUCCAUAGAUAUACAGAGCUGUGGCCUUUCUGCUGCAGUGCCCUCCUACCAGCAAGUGCAUUGCUUCCAAGCCAGGCUCCAAUCCCAUCCUGAUGCUGCACUUUUACAUAACCGCAUUUAUGCUUUGCGAUUGAUGAUGAUCUCUUUAUCUGUGGCAGGAGCCCAGCGGAUGCAUCGCUUGGCCUUUGGAGCAGAACAUACCUUAAGUGAGACCCACUCCUGGCUGGGGAUCAGCUAAAAAUACUUCUCCCAGAGGACUCCUGCUGCCUGCAGCCCAACAGAUAUCUGCCCUGGGACAGAAGCCAGAGAAAGAGAUCUGAAAAGAGUGCAUUUAUUUAUUAGAGACAUUCUGGGCAUCAGUCUGGUUCCUUGAUUUAGCUACCUAUGCUAGCUUUCAAUAUGGAGAUGGCAUAUGUUUCCCACUUUAUCGGCACAACAGCCCUGCAAGGUGGGCUUCGCCGAUUGAGAGCAUCAUCUCUGACUGGGAGUUUCAAUCUGGGUUUCUCCCUCAGUCCAAGGGUAUCUUUGGCUGCAUCCACACUAGAGGAAUAACCCGGUUUGGCACCGCUUUAAUUGCCCUGGCUCAAGGUUAUGGAAUUCUGGGAGUUGGAGUUUGUUGUGGGGCCCAGAGCGGAGCACACAAUAAAAUACAAUUAAAGUAUUAGCAAUUGCUAAAACAAUUAGUAACAGCAGCUGCCGCUCCAUCUCUAUGGAAUCCUGGGUUUUGUCGGUUUUUUGAAGGUCUUUAUUAGCCUCCUCUGCUAAAGCUACACAAAAACUACAAAUCCCAGGAUUCCAUAGCAUGGCCUUUGAGUGCCUCUACACUGCAGAAAUAAUGGAAUUUGGGUAUCACUUCAAGUGUUGCAGCUCCAUCAGAUGGAAUCAUGUGAUUUUUUUUCGUUCCAGCAGGUCUUUCAAUUUCUCUGCCAAAGCUACGAACCCCCAGGGUUCCAUAGGGUUAAAACGGUAUGAAACCGCGUUAAUUCCGCAGUGCAGACGCAGAAGCCAACGCGUCCUUAAAGCCGCGUGUCCUUAAGAGAAGGGAAGAGGGCGUGGCUUCCUCAGACUCCGCCUCUCUGCUCGGAUAGGCUGAGAGUGGCGAGGAGGCGCGGCGGUAUUUACAUAAAGAACGCCGGCGCGCCCAAUGAGAAGAGGCGGGCGGGGAGUGGGCGGGGCUUGUGCGUGACCACGCCUCCCUGUAUCUUCCUCGGUGGUCCAGGUGGAGGUGCGGCAGGUGGGCCAUGCGAAAAGGGCCGCGCAGGGGCCGGUCUGGGAUGGAGCCUGGAGCCGGAGGAGGCGGCCCCGGGGGGCCUUCCAGGCGAGGGCCUCCUCGGCUCCCCCUCCGCCGCCUUGGGCUGCCUCUGCUGCUCCUGGCCCUGGCUGCCCUGGGAUCCCUCCUGGCGCUCUACCUGCUCCUCGGGGAAGAAGGGGCGGAACAGCAGCAGCAGCAGCAGCCUCCGGAGGCAAGGCAGAAGGAGCACAAGCCCCGGAGUUUGUCCAGCGCCCGGCUGAAGCGCCUGGCCUCCCAGGUGGAUCUCCAGCGCCUUUGGAAAAGGUACCUGCAGCCCAUGCUGGUCGAGAGGUACUCUGGCAGCUCCGGGAACCAGAGAGUCCGACAGUUCCUCACAGAAACGCUGCGAACGCUGGAGGCUUCUUGGCACGUGGAGCUGGACUCUUUCAAGGAGCGGACCCCUCGCGGCGCCGUGAGCUUUGCCAAUGUGGUGGCAACACUGGACCCGUUGGCGCCUUCCCGCCUGGUAUUUGCCUGCCACUACGAUUCCAAGUACUUCCAAAGCGACGAGCGCGGCCGGGCGUUCCUGGGCGCUACAGAUUCAGCCGUGCCAUGCUCAGUUUUGCUGGAGCUGGCGACGGCGCUGGACAAGGAGUUGCUGAAAGCCAAGGCGCAGAGUCCCAAGGUGACGCUGCAGCUGCUCUUUUUCGAUGGGGAGGAAGCAUUCAAGGAGUGGAGUGCAACCGACUCUCUCUAUGGGGCACGCCACUUGGCUGAGCGCAUGGCGCAAACUGCCCACCGCCCGGGCAUCACCCAGCUCCAGGCCAUCUCUCUCUUUGUCCUCUUGGAUCUGCUGGGUGCGAGGCAGCCAACCAUCCGAAACCAUUUCCCUGCUACGGCCGGUUGGUUCGAAAGGCUUCUUGGUAUUGAAAAGCGUCUCCAUCGACUAGGCCUCCUGGAGUCACACCCGCAGGAACAGCUGUAUUUCCAGAGAGAUCCCAUCUACAGCCUCAUUGAAGAUGACCAUGUGCCCUUCCUCCGGAAAGGUGUUCCUGUCCUUCACCUCAUUGCUACCCCUUUCCCUGAUGUCUGGCACACCAUGGAAGAUACAGAGGCGAAUCUCCACCCGCCCACCGUCCAGAACCUAUGUAAGAUCCUGGCUGCUUUCCUAGCAGAGUAUCUGCACCUAUAAGCAGAUGCAACCCAUUCAAUGCUGACAAUCUGAGACACGAUCGGACAAGAGCGCACAACAACCACAGAGGACACCUGUUACGAGAAUGAUAACCUACCAGGGAUUUGAUUUGUGACUACAUAAAAAAAAAAUUGGCUUGCAAUCUAAGAGGAAUGUGUGAUAAUGGGACAAUCUAUAUGUACUUUGGGGAAACUAUGAAUUCCUGUCUGAGUCCUGCAGACCAAGAGGACUACCAUCUGUAGGUGGAAUUGCCAAGUUGCCACAGAUUAAGAAGGCAAGAAGGAACAGUGUCGGGAAAAGACUCAAAAGACUUCUUUCUUCCUUUGAUAAUUUUUUUUGACCGAACAAGAGUUGCCAAAGAUAUGGAGAAGGACAUCUCUCUUUCACUCCUUGUAGGAGUGUCUUGGGCUGCCCAAGCCCAGUGUGGUUUAUGGCUUGUUCUCAUAGCCCAGGGAUGGGCAAAUCUAUUGAUGUUGAUGAACUGCAACUCCCAACGCUCCUCAGCAUUGUCUAUACUUGCUAAGGGGGGAAGAGGGAAGAAAUGUCAGAUAAUAAAGAUGUGGCUGCUCUGGGCUCCCAGGGGAAGGAAAAGGAGAGUGCACUCUAUUAGUGAGUGCAUCCCCACUUCUUUUCCUUUUUCAGCCGAGACCGGCUGCUUCUUCAUUAUCUGAGUUCCCUCUCUCUUACAAAUAAACAACAAGGACCCUUUUUAGUCUUCCAUUGUAGUCCAGGGACUAUUCAGCAAGAUCUGGAGGUCCACACUUUGCCCGUCCCCAUUGCAGCCCUCCUUGGCUUGCAAAUCCAACAGGGUACACAUCGCUAAAAAUAAUAAUCUUGCACAACGUUCCCUUCCUGAGCCAUUUUGUACUGGGAGACCUCAUUUCACGGCUGUGUCCUAAAAUUGUCCAAAUGCUCCAUCACUUCACAGUUUCACAGAUCUCUGGACUGUGAUGGAAGCAGUGUGCCAUCCAGGAUGGUCUCAGCCACCUAUCUCUGCCCAUGUUCUGUUUUUUAUACCAAGGAAAACGGGUCUCUUUUUAAAACACAUUGUCCGGCCUGAAGGCCUUUUCAGGUGUAAAGAAAUUGCCAUAUGUGGAAAGUGUCAUAGGUGGAGAUAAAUGGUAAGGGUUCUCACCAGCUAUGGCAGGAGUCUCACCAUGCCAGUAUCUCUGGGUUGUUCCAAUGAGGGUACUUUUUACAUACUUACAUUAAGAGGUAUUCAGUACCUGCUUCACUGCACAGUGCAGAAAUCUGGCUCAAAGGCUGGUUGGUACACCGGGCACCAAAAGCCAUUACAACUUCUCUUGUAUGGGAAUGGAUCUCAGUUUACAUACAUAGGGGGAACGUUGUAACCUGUGGAGGAUUUCUGAGUCCUACUCAACUCACAGCAGAGACCUGAGAGGGAAGAAAGAGGUGCUAUUUCUUAAUGCUCAGUGUUUGAGCAUUAGCAUAACUGGGAGAUAGAGAACGAUUCUGGACUAGUAUUUUCACCCCAAUGCUAGCUUCCAGAUAAUACUGUCUCUUCUCCCCCUUAAAUACUGUAUCAGGUGAGCAUUAUGUAGUUUUUCCAAUUUCCAGUAGCCUGCAAUGUUACUAUUUAUUUUUCCAUUUUAAAGAUACUGCUAGCAUCUCUUUCUUGCUCCUGCUUGUCUUGACUAGACCUCUUCCAUUCCUCUCUUGCAGACAAAUCUUAAUAAGCAAAUGUUUCAGUAAACGUUUCUUCUUUCCAA